AAAAAAUGAAAAGAUUCUUUGGCCAACUGGCUAUAUAAUCCUUUUCUCUCAAUUAAACAUUUGCAUAACCCAUUGUACUUAAUUUUAUAGCCAGAGAAAUUAAAUGGGUCGUCUAAAUCUUCUUAUGUCAGUAUUAUUAUCAAUUUUUUCAGUAAGUAUUGUGUUGAUGCCUAACUUGGCAUCUGCACAAUUAAAGACCAAUUAUUACGCCAAUAUUUGUCCUAAUGUUGAAUCCAUUGUUAGAAAUGUUGUUAACCAGAAAUUCAAACAAACUUUUGUUACUGUCCCUGCUGUUCUCCGUCUCUUCUUCCAUGAUUGCUUUGUUGAGGGAUGUGAUGCUUCAGUGAUUGUAUCAUCAACACCAGGGAACACAGCUGAGAAGGAUCAUUCAGAUAAUCUAUCAUUGGCAGGAGAUGGAUUUGAUACUGUAAUUAAAGCCAAAGCCGCUGUUGAUUCAAAUUUGCGUUGUAAAAAUAAAGUCUCUUGUGCUGACAUUCUCGCUUUAGCCACCAGAGAUGUCAUUCAGCUGUCUGGGGGACCAUGGUACCCAGUGGAAUUAGGAAGGCUUGAUGGGUUCACAUCAAAAGCAUCGAAUGUGGAAGGAAAGCUACCAAAACCAACAUUCAAUCUCAAUCAACUCAAUUCUAUGUUUGCCUCUCAUGGUCUAACUCAGGCUGACAUGAUCGCCCUUUCUGCGGCCCAUUCUGUUGGUUUUUCUCAUUGUGGCAAAUUUUCCAACCGGAUCUACAACUUCAGCCCUAAAGAUCCAAUAGACCCAACCCUUAACAAGCAAUAUGCAGCCCAAUUACAAGGGAUGUGUCCAAGGAAUGUUGACCCAAGAAUAGCCAUCAACAUGGAUCCCAAAACUCCAAGGACAUUUGACAAUAAUUACUACAAAAAUUUACAACAAGGUAUGGGCCUAUUCACGUCAGAUCAAGUGUUGUAUACAGACAAAAGGUCCAAGGGAACUGUGGAUCUUUGGGCCAGUAACUCAAAAUCAUUCCAAAAUGCUUUUAUAACUGCAAUGACAAAACUGGGCCGAGUUGGUGUGAAGACGGGGAGGAACGGAAAUAUUCGGUUUGAUUGUGGAAGAAUGAAUUGAAGUGACAUUUUACACAAAUGGCCAAUAUUUAGAUUCUGUCCUAGUUAGCUUAAUGGAUUAAAUUUGUCGACUAAAAUAAAAUUUUAUUUAAUUAGCAAAAAUUAGUU